AUGGGUGUUGAUGGAACACACCUCAAGGGAGAUUAUGGAGGUGUUCUACUGUCAGCAGUGGCUCUGGAUGCUAACAAUGAGAUUUUUCCACUUGCUUAUGCUAUAGUCAGUGCUAAGGACAAGGAAACUUGGUCAUGGUUUUUCUGGAAUCUCUACAACCUUCUCAAAGAAUCAAGUAGAAAGGAUAGGACAAGGAAACUUGGUCAUGGUUUUUCUGGAAUCUCUACAACCUUCUCAAAGAAUCAAGGGAUUGAUAUUACUUUAUUAGAUGUAUGGCCAAUUGUAAAGAGGAGAUAUCGUUGUAGACACAUCUCCAGAAAUUACAAAAAACAAUUUUCUGGUCCCUUGCUCUAUAUUCUCUUUUGGAGGGCUUGUAAUGCCACAUCACAGUUCACAUAUAGGAAGGCAAUGGAAAGGCUGAAAGAAGUGGGUGGUGAUAGUGUCAUGAAAUUUUUUGCAGAGCUAGGAGAUCCUGCUGGUUGGAGCAAACACAAAUUUGAUCCAAAUGUAUGUAAUGAUUCCAACACUUCAAACUUUGUGGAGAGUUUCAAUUCCACUCUUGGAAUUGAUAGAUGCAGACCAGUCUUGACUUUACUUGAAGGUAUUAGAAGAGUGUGCAUGGUAAGAAUUGCCACAAGAAGUCAAGCUGCCAUGACUUGGAAGGAUGAUGACCUUUGUCCAAAGAUAAAGAAGGUGUUGAAAGCUAUUAGCAAGGACACUAUAAGCUGCAAAGCAUAUAUGUCUAGUCCAGGAGAGUAUGAAAUUCAUGAGGGUAAAUCUCACUUUCCUUUAUCUUUAAAUAACAAGAUUUGUUCUUGUGGAGCUUGGCAGAUUAGUGGCAUCCCAUGUAGGCAUGCCAUAAGGGCUAUGGUUCAUGCCAAGAUUGAUCCUCACAAUGUUGUCAGUGCAUGGUACUCUGUUAGGACAUACAAGCUUUCUUAUAGUUUUAGCAUUAACCCCAUACCUGACCAAAGCCAAUGGCCUGCAUAUGAUGAUCUACCUAUUGUCAUGCCACAUGCAAUGAAGAGAGGGGUUAGGAGACCAAGCAGAAACAGGAGAAGGGAAGAAAGAGAAAACCAGAAAGGGAAGAGAGCCACAAUUCAAAAACUUGCAAGGGAGGUUUGA